GCAUAGAGAGAAAGAGAGAGGGGAGAUAGUCAACGGUUAUGUAAAUCCCAGAAGCAGAAUUGGUGUAAUGAAAUGUAGAUAGUAACAUCAUAUAGCAUUUUUGGCUUCAAACGCACACCCCUUGUUCCUUAGACCCUUUGCUUGUUUCUGUUCUUCCUUCCCUUCCAAGCCACUGCAUGGGAUCCUCUAUGUUCUUCCCUCCUGUUUUCUUCUUACUCUUUGUUGCUGUCUCUGGUGAUUCUUUCACCGAGUUUGUGUACACGCCUUUCUCUGCCUCACACUUUGAAUUCAUCGACAGCGGCGGCACCUUCUUGUCUUCUCGAAAUGGGACAUUCAGGGCUGCUAUGUAUAAUCCCGGCGCUCAGUCCAGCUUUCACUUGAGCGUCAUCCAUGUGGCAUCCAAUACUGUCAUCUGGUCUGCCAAUCGAGAUGCUGCUAUCUCAAGUUCUGGUGAGAUGAAUCUCACGGUUAAAGGACUUGGCAUUUCAGAUGAUGAUGGCAAUUCUGUCUGGUCAACUCCACCAUUGAAGUCAUCGGUGUAUGCGCUAUUGCUGAAUGAAGUAGGCAAUCUAAUCCUUCUUGAUCAAUACAAUGGCUCUCUUUGGGAAAGUUUUAGCUUCCCAACAGACACGAUUGUUAUUGGACAAAGGUUACCAGUCGGGUCAUUUCUGGCCAGUUCCACUAGCUCUUCGAACUUUUCAACCGGUGAUUACAAGCUUGUACUAAGUUCUUCUGAUGCGGUGCUUCAAUGGCGUGGUCAGACAUAUUGGAAGUUGUCAAUGGAAACACGAGCUUAUAAAAACUCAGAUUACAUAGCAGAGUAUAUGGCUCUCAACAGAACAGGUCUUCAGCUUCUUGGUCGUAAUGGAUCAGUGACCGUGAUUCAGGUGCUCUUGACAACUUCCGACUUCCAAAUCGCUCAGUUGGAUCCCUCGGGAAAGUUUAUAGUCAAAAGCUUUUCUGAUUCAAAGUGGAACCAGGAAUUUUCGGGUCCAGCUGAUGGUUGUAGAAUUCCAUUCUUUUGUGGCAGAAUUGGUUUAUGCUCAGGCUCUGCAUUCACCAACCCUACAUGUUCAUCAUGUCCAUCAAGUUUCCAUGUAACUUCCCAAGACAAUGGUGGUUGCUUGCCAAAUAGUCCUUAUUCCUGGCCAUUAUCCUGUAACUCAACCGGUAGCGACAGUCAGCUCAAUUUAUCAGCCGUUUCAUACAUCAAGCUUGGCAAUGGUAUGAAUUACUUUUCCAUCCUCUUUUACGAGCCAGUAAAAUACGGUGUUGAUCUGUCCACCUGUCAAAAUCUCUGCUCUGGCAACUGUUCUUGCUUGGGAAUUUUUCAUCAAAAUUCAUCUGGUUCCUGCUAUAUGCUUGAAGAUGAGUUGGGGUCCAUUAUUUCAGAUAGUAAUGCUGGUGUAAGUGAUCCAUUGGGUUACAUCAAAGUCCUUGUUGGGUCUACCCCAACAGUUGCCAGUUCUGGAAAAAGAAAGUUUCCUGUAGCUGCUCUGGUGCUUUUGCCAUUUACUGGAUUUGCUCUGUUGGCAGCUCUAGGUUUUCUUCUGUGGGGAAGACGGAGACAGUCAAAGGACAAAGAGAUAAAAUUAGGGCACAUGGACUCACGUUCGUCAGAAGAUAUGGAUUCCUUCUACAUCCCAGGUUUACCUAAGAGGUUUUACUUUGAAGAACUUGAUGUGGCUACAGAUAAUUUUAAGACCCUGAUCGGGUCUGGUGGGUUUGGUGAUGUCUAUAAGGGAAUUCUACCUGAUAAAACUGUUGUAGCUGUAAAGAAGAUAACAAAUGUAGGUGUUCAAGGGAAAAAAGAUUUCUGCACUGAGAUUGCAGUGAUCGGUAAUAUUCACCAUGCCAAUCUGGUCAGAUUGAAAGGCUUUUGUGCUCAAGGGAGACAUCGCCUUUUGGUCUAUGAAUAUAUGAAUCGUGGCUCCCUUGACCGGACACUUUUUGGUAGCGGACCAGCCAUAGAAUGGCAAGAGAGGCUUGAUAUAGCUCUAGGGACGGCGCGUGGGCUCGCAUACUUGCACAGUGGCUGUGAUCAGAAGAUUAUCCAUUGCGAUGUCAAGCCAGAGAACAUUCUCUUGCAGGAUCAUUUUCAGGCAAAGCUUUCAGAUUUUGGCCUUUCAAAGCUUCUCAGUCCAGAACAGUCAAGUCUAUUUACAACUAUGAGGGGCACACGCGGCUAUCUGGGACCAGAAUGGCUAACUAACUCUGCAAUCUCUGAAAAAACUGAUGUCUAUAGUUUUGGAAUGGUACUUCUAGAACUUGUCAGUGGAAGGAAAAAUACAUCAAGACUGCAAAGCCAUAACCUGAAUGACAGUAGUAGUGGUUGUGGUCAGUCAUCAUCGUCCUCUGGGUCAGGACUUGUUUAUUUUCCGUUACUUGCUCUAGAUAUGCAUGAGCAAGGGAGGUACUUGGAGCUUGUUGAUCCAAGACUGGAGGGACGGGUGACAAGUGAAGAGGUGGAGAAAUUUGUGCGUGUUGCAUUGUGUUGUGUUCAAGAGGAGCCAUCGCUUAGGCCAAAUAUGAAUACCAUUGUCGGCAUGCUGGAAGGAGGCAUCCCUCCAGGUCAGCCAAAUUUUGAUUCGUUAAAUUUCUUGCGCUUUAUUGGACGUCAGUUCAUUGAGGCGUCUAUGAUAGAAGAGGGGACUGAGAGAAAUGCUAGGGGGUUGUAUCAAGAGUCCAACUUUUUUCCGACACAGACAACAGUUGGCUCGCGUGCUUGCUUUUCUUAUAUCUCCUCACAGGAGGUUUCAGGCCCAAGAUAGUGUUAAGUAGUUGAGUAGCUAGUGUAUAGGUGAUUGUGGAUAUGAAGUGAAUGAAUUUGAUUUUGGGUUAAAUUUUCACUGUAUUGGAAUCUAAUGUAUAAUUCUUAUAUCUUUCUACAAGGGUGGAGGUACCCUGAAUGGCUGUAAUGUGAAACAGUUUUUAGAGCAAGUAAUAAUAUACAUGAUUGCUUGGAACUAAGAUAUC